AUGGAGAAAUCUGUUAACGACGACAUUGACUUCCAUCUAAAGCCUUUAAAACAGGUUCGGAGCUCGGUCUCCUACUUGGGCCGCAACAUCAAGAAGGUCUUGGUUGCAAACCGUUCAGAAAUUGCCAUUCGUGUUUUCCGUACCGCCCAUGAACUUGCUCUUCACACUAUCGCAAUUUACUCUCAUGAGGACCGGCUCUCUAUGCACAGACAAAAGGCCGAUGAGUCAUAUCCCAUCGGCAAAGUCGGUCAGUACGCUCCGGUUGCCGCCUACCUGGCUAUUGAUGAAAUUGUAAACAUUGCUAGAAAGACAGGUGCUGAUUUGAUUCACCCUGGUUAUGGUUUCCUUUCAGAGAAUGCAACUUUUGCUCGGAAGGUGCGCGAAGCUGGUAUGACCUUUGUUGGUCCUCCUCCCGAGGUUAUUGACUCGUUGGGUGACAAGACUAAGGCCCGCGCCAUUGCUAUCAAGUGUGGUGUGCCAGUUGUCCCCGGUACUCCUGGUCCCGUUGAAACCUUCGAGGACGCCGAAGCUUUCGUAGCUGAAAUCGGCUUCCCCGUUAUCAUUAAGGCCGCAAUGGGCGGUGGUGGACGUGGUAUGCGUGUUGUUCGUGAAGCUUCCUCUUUCCAAGAGUCUUUCGACCGUGCCCGUUCUGAGGCUAUUUCUUCCUUCGGUGAUGGCACUAUGUUUAUUGAACGUUUCUUGGACCACCCUAAGCACAUUGAGAUUCAAUUGCUUGCUGAUUCUGCCGGUAACGUCGUACACUUGUUCGAGCGUGAUUGCUCUGUUCAACGUCGUCACCAAAAAGUCGUCGAGAUUGCACCUGCCAAGGAUCUUGAUCCUAAGGUUCGCCAGGCCAUGUUCGACGACGCUAUCAAGAUUGCCCGUGAAGUCAAGUACUGCAACGCUGGUACCGCAGAGUUCUUGCUUGAUGGCCAGGGACGUCACUAUUUCAUUGAAAUCAACCCCCGUAUCCAAGUUGAACACACUAUUUCCGAAGAAAUCACUGGCGUUGAUAUUGUAUCCGCUCAACUUCAUAUCGCUGCUGGUUACACCUUGCCCGAAAUUGGUCUCACACAGGAUGCCAUUACCUGCCGUGGUUUUGCUGUGCAAUGCCGUGUCACUACAGAAGAUCCAACCAACAACUUUGCACCCGACACUGGUAAAAUCGAAGUCUAUCGUUCCGCAGGUGGUAACGGUGUUCGUCUCGAUGGUGCCAACGGUUUUGCUGGCUCCGUUAUUACGCCAUACUACGAUUCUAUGCUUGUAAAAUGUACUUGUCACGACUCGUCUUAUGAAGCCACCCGCAGAAAAAUGAUCCGUUCUCUUAUUGAGUUUCGUAUCCGUGGUGUGAAGACAAACAUCACAUUCUUGCUUCGUUUGUUGACGCAUCCUACAUUUAAGUCAGGAAACUGCUGGACUACCUUUAUUGAUGAUACGCCUGACCUCUUCCGCCUUUACAAAUCCCGUAACCGUGCACAGAAGUUGCUUUCUUACUUGGGUGACUUGAUUGUUAACGGAAGUUCCAUCAAGGGUCAAAACGGCGAUCCUUCGUUGAAUGCUCCCGUCGUGUUGCCUACCCUCCGUGAUCCCUCCCAACCCGAUGGUGUUAUUGAUGCCCGUUUCCCUUGUGAGAAGGGUUGGCGCAAGGUUAUUUUGGAGCAAGGUCCCGAGGCUUUUGCUAGAGCCGUUCGUGAAUAUCAUGGCGGUUUGGUCAUGGACACCACUUGGAGAGAUGCUCAUCAAUCUCUUUUGGCUACUCGUGUCCGUACCAUCGACCUUGUCAACAUUGCUCCCUUCACUAGUCAUGCUUUGGCUUCUGCUUACUCCUUGGAGAUGUGGGGUGGUGCAACAUUUGAUGUGUCUAUGCGUUUCUUGCACGAAUGUCCCUGGGAUCGACUUCGCAAACUUCGUCGUGCCGUUCCCAACAUUCCUUUCCAGAUGUUGUUGCGUGGUGCUAAUGGUCUGUGCUAUGCUAGCCUCCCUGACAACGUUCUCUAUCACUUCUGUCAGCAGGCUAAGGCAAACGGAAUUGAUAUUUUCCGUGUCUUCGACGCUUUGAAUGAUGUUGAGAACCUGUCUCUUGGUAUUGAUGCUGUCAAGCGUGCCGGCGGUGUUGUCGAGGCUACCAUGUGUUACUCUGGAGACAUGUUGAACCCCAAGAAGAAGUAUAACCUCAACUAUUAUCUUGAUCUCGUUGACAACAUCGUUGCUCAAGGUAUUCACGUUCUGGGUAUCAAGGAUAUGGCUGGUGUCAUGAAACCUCGUGCUGCCCGUAUGCUUGUCGGUGCUAUCCGCGCUAAGUACCCUAAAUUGCCCAUUCAUGUUCACUCCCACGACUCCGCUGGUACUGCUGUCGCCUCUAUGGUCGCUGCCUUGGAGGCCGGUGCCGACGUUGUUGACGUCGCCACUGACAGUAUGUCUGGUAUUACCUCCCAACCCAGUAUGGGUGCAGUUGUUGCUGCUCUCGAUGGUACCGAGAAGGAGCUUACAUUCAACCCCGAUCACCUCAGAGAAAUCGACAGUUACUGGUCUCAAAUGCGUCUUCUCUACUCUCCCUUCGAGUCCGAACUUAAGGGACCCGAUUCUGAUGUCUACAAUCACGAGAUCCCUGGUGGUCAAUUGACAAACCUCAAGUUCCAAGCUUCGUCUCUCGGCCUUGGUUCCCAAUGGGCUGAAACCAAGAAGGCGUACAUUGACGCUAAUGAGCUGUUGGGUGACAUUAUUAAGGUUACUCCUACAUCUAAGGUUGUUGGUGAUCUUGCACAGUUCAUGGUUCAAAACAAGCUCACAAAGAAGGAUGUCGAGGAUCGUGCAUCCGAGCUUGACUUCCCUGGCUCCGUAAUGGAUUUCUUCCAAGGAAUGAUGGGUCAACCCUACGGCGGUUUCCCAGAGCCAUUGCGCACUAAUGUCCUGAGAGGUAAGCGCGAGCCUUUGAGCGAGCGUGCCGGCAAAACUCUUCCCCCUGCCGACUUUGAGGCCAUUCGUGGUGGUUUGGAACAAGAAUAUGAGCAUGCUGACGAUUGUGACGUUGCUAGUUACUGUCAGUUCCCCGACGUAUUCAAGCAAUUCAAGCGCUUCCAAGCUCGCUAUGGUGACCUUUCUGUUUUGCCCACCAGAUACUUCUUGGCUAAGCCCGACAUUAACGAAGAAAUUUACGUCGAGAUCGACCAGGGUAAGACUCUUAUCAUCAAGUUCCUCGCACUUGGUCCUUUGCAAGAGAAGACUGGUCAACGUGAGGUCUACUUUGAGCUCAAUGGUGAAACUCGUCAUGUUACAGUUCAAGACACAAAGGCUGCUACCGAGACUCAAACUCGUCAAACCGCUGACCCCAGCAACCCUGGUCACGUCGCUGCACCUAUGAGUGGUAUUAUCGUGGAGAUCCGUACACAAGCAAGCCACGCUGUGAAGAAGGGUGAUGUCCUUGCCGUUUUGAGUGCUAUGAAGAUGGAAAUCGUCAUUAGUGCUCCACACAGCGGUGUCGUCAAGGAGCUCACCAUCCAACAGGGUGACUCUGUGAACGGAGGUGACUUGUGUUUCGUUUUGGAACACGAGUAG